AUGAAAUUCAUAAAAAGUACAGGGUCAAGCUUUCUUAAGAAGGUCAAGGAGGCAGCACCACUCGUAAUCGAAACCAGGCAAGCAUACAUUGAUCUGGAGAGUAGCUUUGAGCCUGCCUCAAUUGCAACAUGGACAACACUGGCGGAGCAAUGGGAGUCUGGUGCAUCACAGCAACCAAAUCCUUAUCGCAACCCAUUCGAGAGUGAAGGGAAGGAAGCGUUCCUGGCAGGUGUUCGUCAUAAGCUAGCGGCCGAAGCCGCCGCCCAGGAGGCUGCCGGAGCGGCGUCUGGCGCAGUACGCGAUGACAUGCAUGUGACUGAGUUGAUUGCCGGUGGGCUACAGCUCGAGGAACCACGUUCUGAGUCCAAACGCGUUCCCUGCUAG